CGACGGCCAAAAAACUACCGUAAUCCGCCCUCCCCCAAUAGCAGCGCACGACUACGCCUCGUCUGGAUCAUCCUCGUUUGCGCCCCCGCAAACCGCAAAGGAGUGGGAGAGCCUGCAAAUCAUGCGCGGCUACCAGGGGCCAGGGGUAUGACUCGACAGAUUUCGUGGUCGUCGUUGCCGUUUUUUUUUUAGCAAGUGGAAGACCAUUAAGAAUAAGAGAGUUACAGUGACCACGGCACAAGAAAAAUUUAUUUGAAAUUCCACGACCUCGACUACCCAGGCAAAACAAGCUCAUCGAAACGUAGUUUUCGAAAUGUUUUUUUACCGCGAAAUGUUUCCCAGAGUAAGUACCCCGACGACAACAAGUCUACACUUCCUAUCUCUGAGGAGGUUCUUACCCCCAACUGUACAAUCAUUUUUUUCAUCAUCGUAUAAAUAUUCAUUUUCUACCGAUACUGUGCCCUGCGAACAACGCGCAUCGGCAUCAGGACGCGAGUUCGAAAGCUUUGCCUCCAAAACCUGUUGUGCUUGGCGCCUGAAGAACGAGUCGCUCUGCGCAACAGGGUGAGAGUGAGCAAGCUACUCUGUGCAAUAUUUAUAAAUCGAUUUUAUUCGCCAACAUAGUAGUACAAGUGCGAUGUAUAAAGUAGUAGUACAAGUAGCAUUUUAGUGAUAGUCAUGAGCGAGAGAAGCCGCGUCAUAAGGGCGAACGUGAUGAUGCGUUAGACCAGAGAUCCUUGUCCCCUAACCGCUUCACGUGAGGGGAGGAACAGUAAGAAAGCCUACCAGCAAAUGACGUUCCUUGAUGUCACAGACACAGUGGAAGGCCGCGGUUAAAUGCUAGAGGUUCACUUUGAUUAUUUUUCAUACAGUGUAGUGUGCACUAUAGUCGAGGAGACGGGAAAAACUGUAGCAGCAAAUGUGUGAUGAGAUGUGCUUUAUGCAAAAUCUUUUUUUUUUACGCGACUGGCUUGAGGGCUUCGGCUUUGAUGUUAAACAGCGAACAAUAAGUGCAUUUGGUGUAUGAAUUUACAGUAACCGAUAGCAUCGACUAAAAGUGGUCCUCGUGGAGCAAGUGAAUUCGUCAAUCGUGUGAACUCUAUGGGAUUCCGAAUGAAAGUGAUUUAUGUUGAAAAUAAUAAUAUACGUAU